AUGCACUUCGCAGAACCCGCACAGACGCCGCCACAGUCGCAGCCCUCAGGCCAAUGGAUGGAUCAGCAUCUGCUGGAUCUGGAGGGGUGGGAUCAGGAGUACCAGGAUCUGAUGGUCAUCAACUGGCUGUGUGUGGACUUUCGGCAGCGGCUGCUGGACAUGCUGCAGACGUCCUGCCAAAACAACUUUAACGAAGCCCGCAAUCUGGCCAAGGAACGACUGUCGGAUCUGGUCGAGCGCCUCGCAUCCUCCGACGAUCUGCAUGGCGCCCUCUGCACCCCGUCGCUCGACUCGCGCUCGUCGGCAACUGCGCCGCAGCUCCUUCCCCGGACGCCGCAUCUCACGCAGUAUGCGCUGCCGACUGGAGCACAGAAAGAUACCCACGAGGAUGGACUCAUGUGUACCCCAGAGCAUGCCACAUAUAACUAUCGCGGCUCGCAGGUGGUGGCCAGCCCGCCAGGGACGGGCCCAGCGCUCCUGUCACCCAUCGCAUUGAAUCAUCAUGAACUUCCCCCAGGCUGUUCUGAUUUCCUAAACUUCGACCUGCUCUCGGACGGGCAAGUCUUUUCUAUCGGUACACACGCAGGCGACGCCUUUGACAUCUGUGACUCCAUCCCCGUUGACCCUGAUCUCAACGAAAUGGAGCUCGACCCCCCUGAUGCCACCGCCACCACCACCAACAUUACAACAGACAAUACAACAAACUCCAGCAGGAUAUCGUCACCAAAUACACACUCCACACCUCACUUUACCACUCCAAACCCGGCAUCCGGGACUCCAAGUCCGCCACCCCCUCUGGCUGGGCUAUCAACGCAAGAAACCCCCGGCACGCCUGCCUCACCACCUGCUGCACCCCAACGGCGACAGGUCCAGACGCGAACGGCAGCCCAAGCCGCAUAUCGAAGCACCCCAAGCCCAUCCAGCGCGCCCACACAAGUCGAGGCAGAGAACGAGGUAGCCGAGCCCGCUCCUCUCUCGCCCUCAACAAGCUGGACCCAUUCCAUCCCCACCCACCUCCCAUCCCCAGACACCGUCCUCGCAACCUUCACCCACCACCUCGGCCCAAGCAAGCAAUCCAUCGCCCUCCUGCUCACCCGUCUGUUCUACGCAGUGGGCUCCCCAGACGCUCUCUCCCAGCUCCGCCACGCCGUGAAGCUAAGCCGCGAGCAAACCCCAGUCAUCAUCCCGGCCUCCCCCAAUGACCUCGCCACGACCGUCAAAGCCCUCGACCACCUCGACUCCAUGACCACCCUCUCCCACAUCCUGCGCCGCUACUACCUCGUCCGCCUGCUGGAGCACCGCACCCGGCUCGAGCAAGACCACGUCACAGCGCAACGAGCCUGCCGCCGCCCAAAGCGCAUGCUCAAAUACGACUGCGCCCGCGUCGAGCUCAUCAAAAGCGGCCGCAGCGGCAGCGCAACAAAACCAAAUGAAAAGAAACAACAACUACCCAAGUACCGAUCCAAGAGCCAAGCACUCGCGGACCUGAUGCAAAUGCUUUAUCCCGACUUGAAGCCGGCGGCGGACGGCAAAGACUGCGUGUAUAGUAGGAAGCUGACGAAGCUGCGCAACCGACUGUCCUGCGCACGGAACUGGUAUCGAUUUGAACAGGCCUUUCCCGGGGCGAUUCUGGCGUUGAUUCCCUGUGCGGGGAGGUUCUCCGUCUCUAUUGACCAGAUUGAGAAGCUGCCGAGUGAGACUGUCCAGGUGUUCCUGCGCUACCUGCAAGAGCAUCGGGGGCCUUUCAUGCGGUGCGUCAGUGAGACGCUGGGCACGGAGAUCUUCAGCGUGUUGGGCCGGACAAGUGCAGGCAGUGAUACCACGCCGACAUUCGCGUUCGAGAAGGUGGAGGAGGAUGGGUUUGGGGAUGUCUUAUAUGAUACUGACGAGUUUGUUAGCCUAUCAAAAGCAAGCACGUUGAAUACGAUAGACACUGCAAUCUAA